GUAAAAUUUAAAACUAGUGUAGGUUGCGCAGUUUGCAGUUUUGCCAUAUUUUUCACCAUUUUUAGUUUGAAAACAUCCAAAUUUAACAGCAAAUCAUCUAAAAUAAAUUAUUUCAGUGGUUCUCGCGUGCAUUCAUCGCCGCAAAAACUGGUGCGAAUCUUCUUAUUUGAAUCAAAUAGCCCAUGUCCCUUUUGGUGAUCUCAUCUAUCAAGGCUUAUAGGGUAUGCCACUUUUAACGUGCCGUGCAACGGCUUAGCAAUAGGCGUAGUGCGGAAUAUUUAGUUUCCUACAAUAUGAGAAGGUUUUAGUACGAUAAGUUACAGACACAAUUAAGCGCGCGAAGCGUUUUUUAAAUUUAAUAUUAACAUACAAGGACUCGCACACAUCGGAAGGGUUAGUUAGGGAUUCCUGAAGCUACAUCAUGGUACCAACACCUGACAGUUCACUCUCGGAGGAAAGCUCGCCUUCUAGAUGCAGUUUUAGUACAAAUAUCAACCAAAAAUUAGCUCAUAUAAGCAGUGCGAUCCAUAAGCAUUGGAAUGGAGAGAAAAAAAUGCACUUGUACACCGUGAAGAAAAUAGCAGAAACUCUUAAAAGUAUAGAGGAUAAAGUUUUUCCCACAGAUAAAAGUUUUGUGUCUGCAGCCAAAAAUAUGUUGUCAAGAAUUCGCAAGGAACUUGCUACUGAAUCAAGGACUUCUAAAACACGAAACUUCAUAGGCUGGAGAACCCGGAGCACUGACAAGUUUCUAAAAUUUGGUUCAUCAAAAAGGAAGGUGAAGAAAUCUGAGAGCCUUCUCGGAAGUCUUUGCCGUUCACGAGAUUCUAGUUUGCCAAAUACUGUUGCAUUGGAAUUGUUGACUGAUGAUUAUUUUAUUACACAGGAACAGGUCCAGGAAUCUGAUGUUGCUGCAGCUGCACCCAUUUUGAUAAAAAACAUUCCGGAUCAAAAAGAGCAAGUAUCAACUAACAAUGAUACCCAAAUAAGCUUAAUGGAAAUAAGUUCCGAAUCAAAUCCCUCAGAAAAAAUUUCGGAUCAUACUUACACCUCCAAUUCUCAAGAAACACAAACUGCUCAAACAAACAUUGAAGCUGAUACUGAUCCACAACAUGAGCUACCACCUGAACCCAUGAUGACAAAAAGUACAUCUAAUGAAACCGAGCUAAUGUCUUCAACAAAUUCAAUGCAAAUUAGUUCUGGCAGUUUUCCAUCAAGUAGGCCAGAGGACAUUCAAAAUUAUAUUUUUAUCUCCCCUCUUCAAGAAACCCAACCAAAUGUUGAAUCUGGUACUUAUCCGCUAUCUUUCAACGAAGCAAAUAUUUCAAAUGAGCAAACACCUUCACAAAACAAAAAUGAUGACGUGUCUCCAACUUGCACUGAUACCCAAUUAAAUUCAGUGCAAAUCGGUUCUAAAUCACAAAUCUCCAACUUUGAAGAAUCACAACCAACUACUAAUUCGCAUCAAGAACUAAAUAAUUGUGGAAGUAAUUUUAAAUCGUCAAUAAAUAUUAUUUCUAAUGUUAGACUACGAAGUCCUAAUGUCUCACCAGACCUAAUCAAUUUGGAUUCCUCCGAAAGUUUUUUUGAAAAAUGUCGCACUGAUGACACCGCGGAAUCUCAACAAAAAGAAUCAAGUAUUUCUAAUGGAAAAUAUGAAGUAGAAUCAGUAGACACUCAAGCUACAAAAGAUCCUCAAAGUUUAAGCAGUUCAACUGAUCCUGUGAGAAUUAUUUAUGAAGAGCAACAAUUAAUUUUGUCUGAAGACACUGAGAAUCAAACGACCAAUUCUUCUCAAAUGGAAGCAAAUAUUGCAAUGCCUCAACCUGUUAAAGACAAUUCCGACAAGGGUAUUUUCCUUCAACCCGAUAUGGAAAGUUGUUCGAGUCAACAGUCUUCUGAGAUCAUUCCUGGAACUCUACAAACUUACUAUUUCGAUCCCAAUGUAGCUCCGGCUGAAAAUAAAAUGACUCAGUAUUUUGUGAUUAAUCAUGACACUCAGGGAUUUACUGAUUUAUUGAAAAAUAAAACGAUUGAGCCAAAGCAAACUAAUAAUUCAGAUGCAGAUGAGCCUGUUCAGGAAAAAAAAGAUCAGUCUGUUAUUUGGUUAGAUGUUUCACUAGUAGACGUUAGUGAUAUGGAUUUGACUGAUGCUGGAGAUAGCUGUAUCGUUGAAGGUGAUCCCUGUAAUGAUCAAAGCAAGAAGAAAACCAAGUAUUUUCCUGUCUCCGAAACUCAAGCCAGUUUAAUUUUUGGGCUAUCCAAACCCGAAAGUACUAAUAAUAACGUAUUUCCUGCUCAACAGCUGCCUGUUACACAAACUAAUGAAAAUUUUGAAUCACAGUCAGAUACGGAAACUAUAGUACCAGAGACAAUCUAUACUCAAAGCCAAAACUUGGAUUCAAAAUCCCCAAGAAUAAAGAGCCCGUAUAAAAAUACACAAUCUAGUAGUUUUUUGACUUAUAAAGCAACAGCAAAGUCUCGGGCAAGUUUGGCAAAGCCAAAAGGAAGUGAACCUCAAGUAAAAAAAUUGAUUUUUGCGAGUUCUUCAUCUUCAACUCCUUCAGGAGAUAACGCGAAUUCAGGUCAAAAACCUUCAAGGAACAUCUUCAAUUAUUCUGCAAGUGACUCAUCUUCUAGUCAAGAUCCUCAAAAUAUCGUGAAAGUAAUUUCUCAAUCGCCAGAAUUACAAAGCCAAAAUUUAAUGCUAAUCAAUGGAUGUUUUCCUGAAAAUUCUAAUACUCAAAAUUAUAAUGAAGCGCCUUAUGCGGAAAGAGAAGAAAAGCUAGUAGAGAAAGUUAUGAGAAGACGAGAACGGCGUACAGCUGACGAAUGGAAGGAAAUGCCCAUGAGUGAAAAAGUGUCUGGAAUGUAUGCUGACAAGUUUCAUGUGAGGAUUUUUGACGAUCCUGUCGAGUCUUUGACGAAUAUUCGUUAUAAGCCUAGUUUUUCUACUUUUACUUUUCCAAGGCUAACCUUAACAGAAGUGCAUGAUGUAUCAACAAAAACUGCAGACGAUGCAAGAAAAAUAGACUCAGUCUUGAAGAAUGUCAUUGAUAAACUCAAAGACCAAAGUCUUGGCCUGAACUUCUACAAACGACUGGGAAACGUUGAUAGCUCAGCUGAUUCUGAUUCGUCUGAGGAGGAGAGAAAAUUCAACAGACGUUGGCUAAGAGAAUACAGGUCCAAAACAAGAACCCAAAACCGCUGCUUAAUGGUGGAACCGGAAAAGGAAAAACCGGAUUUCACUUCAAGACGAGCUCCCAGGCUAGAAAUUGACGGGGAAAAAACUGAAGAGAAAAAGGAUGAAGCGAUUAUGGUGGAUUUGAUGGAGAAAUUUGGCCAGUUAGCCUGGCUUAAAAGCUAAAUUGUUUUAUGUAAAAAUAUUUCAAGCUUUGACUUCAUUCGCCGAUGUCUACAGUUGAAUUCAGUAAAGUCUAGGUCAGCAAAUCAUAUUGCAAUUAGAAAAUAAGAUUGAUAAGUUAAUUAAUUUUGAUAUUAUGCAUAAUGUUUUUGAUUUAGAGUAUAUCGAAUGAAUUUAGUUUGUGUUAAAAAGGAAUACUUCCUUGAAUUCAGUAAUGUUCUGGUUUUUAAAAGAGGAAUUCUACGAGUCUUGUUUGAAUUUGAGGUAAACCCUAUUUAGUAUGUAUGUUCUUCCAUUACCAUAUCUCUGAUUUACUUUCGAGAAAUUAUGGUUUCUUGUGUUGAAAUAUGCUUUACUGGCAAAAAGCAUAAUUCGCUUUUAGCGAUUGAUCAACUUUACGCACCAUUCAAUUAUCUAUUUACAAAAAAUUUAGGUAGUUCAAUCUAUCAUGAAAAAUUAAAAUUGACUUAUAAUGGUUUACUGUAGUAUAGGACAUUGCCUUGUAAAAGUCGCAUAACUUUAAUAGAAACACUUCAAAGAAAAACUAAUGUAUGUACAUUAUGUACAAUAAAGUGCCUGCCGAGUUUUUUGUAGCUCUAUUUCUAAUAUUUUUUAUUUAUUUUCUGCCUAAACUGAGAAAUAUGGCUUGGCAAAGAAAGUACCUACUAAUAGUUUUAAGUAAUUGUUUGUGAACACCACAAUAAUUGUAUAAACUCAUUUAAUAAAAUAAUGUUCAAUUUACAAAGUUAUAAUGUAAAAACUCAAGUAGUAUUUAUUCAUAAAUUUAAAAAAAUAAUAAAAAAUCUGUUUUUUUUUUUCAACUCCUCACAACCCAAAACAUGCAAAUUGCACCCAUUUUUGUACUAUACAAGGGCUUUGCAACAAAUUUAUAAUAAAUAAUGAUUUGAACAAGUUUUUUUGUACAAAAUUAAAGAAAGAUUCAAUUCUAAAUUAGAUACCGUUUAAAACCUAAAAAAUACUUUAAAAUAUCUUACAGCCAUGGAUGCCAGGCUGGAUCCAUUCUACACAGAUUGUCGGGACUGCUGGCAGCGCUAACUAAUGUAGAAG